GUUAUUAUAUAGCAGCAUUGACAUGAGCAGAAGAUCAUAUCUGAGAACAAAAAGAGCAUAGAGCAGAAACCUAAAAGUGGAUCCAAGAAGGCAUGGAAAACUACCACUAUCUUCAGAAACAUCAAAGGAGGAAGAGAAAGACGACACAGUACAAGAAUUUGAUGCUUAUGCAUCAUGGUCUUCGGAAACCGACAUGUCUGCAAUGGUUUCAGCUCUUGCUCAAGUUAUGACAACUGCAAAUCAAAACCCUCCCAUCUCACAAUCAUCAUCUUUUCCUCUCUCAGAUCAACCUCAGCCUUCUUCAGAUCAAGGAGUGAGAAAGAAGGCACACUACAGAGGAGUGAGACAGAGACCAUGGGGAAAAUGGGCAGCAGAAAUCCGUGACCCUAAAAAAGCAGCAAGAGUGUGGUUAGGAACCUUUGAAACAGCAGAAGAUGCAGCCCUUGCAUAUGACAAAGCAGCACUCAAGUUCAAAGGCACAAAAGCAAAGCUUAAUUUCCCAGAAAGAGUUCAUCACAAUCUUUCUUUUAUGCACCAACACCAACCUUCAUCACAAUCUCUUUCUUCUUCUGUUCAUGUUUCUGCUCCACCCUCACAUCAUCAACCUGGCCACCAACUUUUUCCAAACCUCCUUCAAUAUGCUCAGAUUCUUUCAAGUGAUGAUGCACAGUUUCCUUACUACACAUCCCAUCUUUUCAAUCAACAACAACAACAUCAUCAGCAACAACAACACCAACAACAACAACAAGAUCCUUUCAGCUCUCAGUUUUCUACCACCUUUUCUUCAACCUCUUCUCAACCAUCCUACUUCUACAACCACCAACAACAAUUUGAUGAACAGGGACCUGAUCACUCACCCCAGUAGGGUUAUUUUCAAAGUCUUGAUUAAUUUGUAAUGGGACAUCAAAGUUUUGAAAGUCUUCAUUAAUUACAAUAUUGCAGCUGCAAUAUUGACCCCAUCAUCAGCGUUAGGUUUCCACAAGAUUUUUGAGAUGUGUAACCAUGAAGAUAUUGGACAUCAAAAUUUGCUGUUGGAAGUUUGAAUUUGCAUGAGCUUUAAUCCAAACAUGGCUUGAAAA